AUGGCUAAUAGAAAUGAUGAUAAAAAGUUAUCACAGAAUGAAGGACAGAACUAUUAUCACCAACAACCAACUUCACAUACUAUCAACCAAUCUAAUGUUGCACCACCACCAUUACCACCACCACCUGGCGCGAAUUUUCUGGUACCUGGAAUAAAUCAAUUGCCGGGACAACAGUUACCGGCGCAUUUUUCUCUACCUCAUCAACAACAAACACAAACACCAAUAUCUCAACCACAACCCAUUAUACAUCCAUUCCCACACCAGCAUCAAUUACUACAGCAACAACAACAGCAACAACCCCACCAACAACAACCUCAAUUUCAACUACUAACACAACCCCACCAACAACAACAACAACAAUAUCCACCUCCUGAACCAUUAUCGUCAACGUCAUCGUAUCACAACAACACAAACUCCAAUAACAUUCAAUAUGUAAGACUGUUUCGAAAUCAUUUGAACCCUUAUUAUGCAGUCAAUCUAAAAUUUCUUAAAGAUUUGAAUACCAUGACGAAAUUUUGGACCAACCAUGAAAUUGAAAAUCUGAGACGAUUAGUUAAAUUUAAUUUUAAAAGUGAAGGUUCAACUCAAAUGGUUAAUUUUGAACCAAUAACACCUGAACAAUAUGAUAAUGUGUCACCUAUCAUUUCAUGUAUUUAUUGGAAAGAAAAAUCACGAUAUAUUAGUACAUCAGUUGAUAUUAUUACAUUAUUAGAAUAUAUGGUGAAACAAACAUUUGAUGUUGAUGAAAAAAAUCGUAUUAGAAGAAAUUUACAAUCAUUAAAACCAACAACAAUUUCCAGAAUAAAUAAAAAUGAUCGUAGAUUUUUUGAUCUUAUUAUGAGUAUGGAAAACCCCAGACCUAGAAACAUUGAAAAAGAUUUAAAAGUAUUUGAUUGGUCUGAUUUAGGUAGAGCAGUACAGAAAGUGAUGUCGAAAUAUUAUGUUGUGCCAAGUCUGGCUCCAACAAUAUCGUCAUCGUCUUCAUCUUCAUCUUCAUUCCAACAUCCAAAUCCACAACAAAUGCAAUCAAUGCCAGGUAUUGUUGGUAACCCGUCACAACAACAACAACAACAACAGCCAUUAUCUGUUCCAACACCAACACCAUUACCAAGUGGUAUGCCUGCAGUUCCAGUUUAUGGUAUUUAUACUGGACGUUCUUCAUUCCCAAUUAAUCAAACCCCAAUUCAUUAUUUAACUUCUCCAAUUGGUAAUAAUAAUAAUAAUAAUAAUAAUAAUAAUAAUACCGGUGGAUCAUUCCCUAAAUCACAAGUUGCAUCACCAUCAGUACAUCAGCAGCGUACAUUUAAUCAACGACCAGGAACAUUUUUUCCAUCUCACAACUAUUAUCAAUUUUUUGAUCAACCGAAAUCACAACCACACUUGCAGCCUUUAACUAGUGGUGGUGGUAGUGGUAGUAAUACUAAUGUACUUGCAUCACCACUGCAUACUUUUGAAAGUUCCAAUAGACAAACUUUACCGAAUGAAAGUAGUGACAAGUAUCAAGAGAAUCAAACUGGUGCUAUAAGUGGAAAUAAUGAUGAUUCCCGUAAAACCAAAUCUGACUUCAAAGAGAACAACAAUACCACAACUAAGAACGAGGAGAUUAGUGGAACUACAAAAGAAACUGAUAACAAUGAUGGCAGUAAUGAAGACAACAACAAACUUUACUCGAACCAAUAUCAUUCACGAAGCUCUUCUUUUCCUCAAUCUAUCAUAUCAUUAGAGUCAAUUUCAAGUUCAGGUUCAGGUUCAGGUUCAGGGCCAGGGUCACAAUUGAAAAAUCCACCAAAUAGUGACCCAACAAAAUUACCAUCAUCAUCAACAUCAUCAUCAUCAAUUAAUAAUGCCAACCCAGUGGGAUUUUCUGCUGUACCAUUAUCAUCAUCAUCAGGGAAUAAUUCCGUAUCACCUCCAGUAUCAUUAAAUCCUCGUAAUGAAUCAGAAUCAUCUUCAUCAGCAAAUAUGAUUACCCCACCGGUACCAAUCACAGGAAUAAGUGAUGAAAAAGAUGAUCAAAAAUCAUUGAGUUCAUCUAAUGGUGAUAAUGAUGGUCAUACUAGCAGUAGUAGCAGCAGUGGGAGUAGCAGUAGUGCCAGUGGAAGUAAUGGAAUUAGUUGUCGUAGUAGUGGUGGUAGUGGUGGUGGUACUUCCAAGAAAAGAAGGAAAAGAAAGAAUCGGAAAAAGAAGAAUAAAAAGAAGAAUCUUAAAUUUAAAGAUAAAUCAAAUUCAUAUUUUUCAAGUGUUUCAAAUGAUGUAUCAUCAUCAACAUCAUCAUCAGGGAAAGAAUUACAAGAUGGUUUAUCAGGAUCAAGUUCUGGGUUUGUUUCUGGAUCUACACCUAGUUCAGGUUCUGCUUCUGUUUCAGCUGCUGGUUCUGGUUCUGGCUCUGGUUCUGGUUCCGGCUCUGGUUCAGGUUCAGGUUCAGAAAAUUCAAAUAAUGAAGGUAAUAUCAGUAGUGGUGAUCGUCGUCGUCGUCGCCGUCAUAAACGUCGUCAACAUCGUGGUGCAAAAGAUAUUGAUCGAGAAGCAUCAAAUUCAGGUUCUGAUUCCAUAUAUUCCAAGGAUAGUGCACUUUCAUUAAAUAAAGGAUCUACUAAUUCUUCCACUAAUUCAAGUGUUAUAUGGGAUAAAGAUUCCAAUGGUAGUGGUAGUGGUGGUGGUGUGAAACCAUCAACUAACAGUACCAAGAAUGGUAUAUCCUUAUUGUCGAAGAAUGAUAAAAAGAAACCUAUUAAUAUUGCUAGUACUAACUCUUCUGAUAAGAAGAAAAAUAAUAAAAAGAAGAAGAAUAAUUCCAGUACUCAUCGUCAUCGUCAUGAUGAUGGUCCUGAUCAACAUGGAACUAAUAAUGGAUCAGAAGAAGGUGGUGAUGAAGAUGAAGAUAUUUCAAUGGAUGAAGGUGAUGAAGAAGAAGAUUAUGUUUUAAUGGAAGAAAAAAAUAAUAAUAACAAUGAUGAUAAAUUGAAAUUGAAAUUGAAAUUGAAAUUAAACAACAAUGACAAUAACCCGACAAUUCAAGUAUUACAAAAGGAGAAGGAGAAUAUUAAGUCUGUUGUUGAUAAAGAUUCACCAUCACCACCACCUCCACCUCCUCCUCCUCCUCCUCCUAAAUUACCUCUGAUUUCACAAUUAUUAGGAGAAAAUUUCCAAUCAAACACUAGACCAUUUGGUGGUGAUGGUGAUGGUGAUAAUGAUGAUAAUGGAUCAAAUAAUAAAUUACCACCAAUUACGAAAAAAGUUGAAAAAUGGAAAGAUCGUUAA